UUAAUAGUUAAAAUAAUGUAUAUGCUAUGGAAUUGUACUACUACGUGAAAAAAAACAGCACACAUAUUCUCUCAUCAAAAAAGCUAAUAUUAUCAAACGCGUUUAUGGCUUUGCUCUAGUUGUCCUGUGUCGGGUGCCGUGUGAGUUUAUUCCAAUCGAUUGUUUUGUCCUUUCCCAGCACCCGUUUGCCACUGACUAACCAGUGACGCCGCCGCCGCCAGUUCGGCUAUCUUAGGCGAAUAAGCAACCAUGUCAACAAGAGGGAUCAUAUAGCCUAGUCAUACCUGCUGCCGCGCUCAUAUACAGAGUAAAGAGUGUACAAUGACAGCAUUAGAACGUGCAAGACACACGUCUCUUGCCUGAUUAACAUUACGAGAAAUCUCUGUAACGUUAUCGGGAUUGCCAAGGGCUCCGUGGAGAGGCGGCGAAUGGCUAACUAGCUAACGAAAGCAGACGCCAGCUAAUUAAAUGCAACUUUAACAUUGACAGUAAGACCCUCCUUGUGAGUGAAAUCGAUCAGUGUCGUUCUUUUCUAGUGGCUAUUAAAUAGGAGACCGCCUUCAUAAUAGUUGACCCAACACAUCUUGAAUUGAGACACGCGCGAGAGUCAGUAGCUGGGAUGUGCAAUGGCAUCGGUCCGGGUGGCUGUGCGGGUCAGGCCCAUGAACAGACGGGAGAAGGAGUUGUCUGCCAAAUGUAUCAUAGAAAUGGAUGGGAACAAGACUACCAUCACCAACAUGAAGAUGUCAGAUGGAGUGACAGGCGACUCCUUGCGGGAGAGAACUAAGACCUUCACGUAUGACUUCUCCUACGACUCGGGCGACUGUAAAAGCACCAACUUCGUCUCUCAAGAGAAGGUUUUUAAAGACCUGGGCUCUGUAGUCCUCAAGGCUGCGUUUGAGGGCUACAACGCCUGCAUCUUCGCCUACGGUCAGACCGGAUCUGGGAAGUCCUACACCAUGAUGGGGAAUCCGGGUGACCUCGGCCUGAUCCCUCGGUUCUGUGAGGGGCUUUUCACCCGCAUCUCUGGAAUGACCCGCGCGGACGAGGCCUCCUUCCGCACGGAGGUCAGCUACUUGGAGAUCUAUAAUGAGCGAGUGCGGGACCUGCUGCGGAGGAAGUCCACGAAAACCUACAACCUGAGAGUGCGGGAGCACCCCAAAGAUGGGCCGUAUGUAGAGGACCUGUCCAAACACCUGGUGCAGAACUACACAGACGUGGAGGAGCUGAUGGAGGCGGGCAACAUCAACCGCACCACGGCCAGCACGGGCAUGAACGACGUCAGCAGUCGCUCGCACGCCAUCUUCACCAUCAACUUCACCCAGGCGAAGUUUGAUGCGGAGAUGCCGUCGGAGACGGUCAGCAAGAUUCACCUGGUGGACCUGGCGGGCAGCGAGCGGGCGGAUGCUACCGGGGCAACGGGCGUCAGGCUGAAGGAAGGCGGCAACAUCAACAAGUCCCUGGUCACUCUGGGCAACGUCAUCUCUGCCCUAGCCGACCUGUCUCAGGACGGUGGGAACAGCAAUGUGAAGAAGCGACAGGUGUUCGUGCCGUACCGAGACUCGGUGCUCACCUGGCUGCUGAAGGACAGUCUCGGGGGUAACUCCAAGACCAUCAUGAUAGCCACUGUCUCCCCGGCCGACGUGAACUACGGCGAGACGCUAAGCACUCUGCGCUACGCUAACCGUGCUAAGAACAUCAUCAAUAAGCCCACGAUCAACGAGGACUCCAACGUCAAGCUCAUCCGCGAGCUGCGGGCCGAGAUUGCCCGUCUCAAAGCCCUGCUGGUCCAGGGGAACCAGAUCAAACUGCUGGACUCUCCCACUGCCCUGAGUAUGGAAGAGAAACUCCAUCAGAACGAAGCCAGGGUAUUGGAGCUGACCAAAGAGUGGUGCAACAAGUGGAACGAGACUCAGAACAUACUUAAGGAGGAGACCCUUGCCCUGCGUAAGGAGGGCAUCGGCGUGGUGCUGGACUCGGAGCUGCCCCACCUGAUUGGCAUCGACGACGACCUCCUCAGCACCGGCAUCAUCCUCUACCACUUAAAGGAGGGACGGACAUAUGUUGGCCGAGAUGAUGCAGCCACUGAGCAGGAUAUUGUGCUGCAUGGGUUGGAUCUGGAGAGUGAGCACUGCCUGUUUGAGAACCAGAGCGGCACGGUGACGCUGGUGCCCCUCAACCAGGCCCAGUGCUCCGUCAACGGCAUGCAGGUCACCGAGCCCUGCCAGCUCAACCAGGGUGCUGUGAUCCUUUUCGGCAGGACCAACAUGUUCAGGUUUAAUCAUCCUAAAGAGGCUGCCAAACUCCGGGAGAAGAGAAAGAGUGGGCUUCUCUCCAGCUUGAGUCUGUCCAUGACUGAUCUCUCCAAGUCCUGCGAGAACCUCUCCACUGUCAUGCUGUAUAAUCCAGGUCUCUUCUCUGAAAAGGGCCCCAUCUUCCUCAGGUUGGAAUUUGAGCGGCAGCAGAGAGAGGAGCUGGAGAAACUCGAACACAAAAGGCGUCUCAUCAAGGAGAUGGAGGAGAAGCAGCGAAGCGAGAAGGCGGAGUUGGAGCGCAUGCAGCAGGAGGUGGAGUCUCAGCGGCGUGAGUCCGAGCAGGUGCAGCUGCGCAUCCGCCACCAGGAGGAGAGUCUGCGGCGACGCAGCCACGACAUCGAGAGCCGCCUCCGCGACCUGCUCGCCGAGAAGGAGCGCCCAGGAGCCGAGAGGCAGAGGGCAGCGCGGGUUGUUGUCUUUGAUGUUGUCGUUGAUGUUGUCGUUGAUGAUGAUGAUGAUGAUGUUGAUGUUGGUGGUCAUAUUGUCUUUGAUAUUGAUGUUGUUGUCUUUGAUGUUGUCGCUGAAGUUGAUAUUGAAGAUGUUGUCAUUGUCGUUGAUGAUGUUGAUGCUAAACGACCACUACAGGAUGUCCAGGAGGGCACAGAGCAAGGCCACGACAUGACGGCCAAAGAGCUGCAGGAGGAGGACAAGGAGGACGCGGAGAUGAGCGACGCCAGCGAGGAGAAGAAAGACCAGGACGAACUGGAGAGGGAGGAGAAGCCAGACGGGACGGAAAAGAUCGACAAGCAGGAAGAGGGCAGCGAAUCAGACAGCGACGACGACAACGACGACGAAACGGAGAAGAGCCUUCCUCUCUCUCACGCUCCUCUUCCUCCUCCUCCUGCUCCGGCGGAGUCUCCGGCUCAGCAGCAGCUGCAGGAGGAGCAGGGCGAGAUCGUGCGCGAGCUGGAGCGCCUGAAGCGGGAGCGCGAGCAGCAGGCGCUGCGUCUGCGUCUGGAGCGGCGGCGCCUGGAGCAGGAGGAGCGGCAGCAGGUCGGCCUGGUGGGGCGGCUGGAGGAGCAGCUGCGCGAGCGCCAGGAGGCCACCGCCGCCCUGCUGGCCCGGGACGACGCCCGGCGGCUGGCCGAGGAGCGCAGAGACCUGGCCGACAUCAGGCAGGAGGAGGACGGUGACAGUGACAGGGAUGGAGACGACGCCAAAGGCAACCACCACAACGGCGAUAUGACCGACGCGGCGGGCCGGUCCAGGCACGGUGAGGUGGCGAUGCAGGCCCACGACGCCCGCACGCGCUACGCCAACUUCAAGCGGGCGCAGGCCGAGGAGCUGGGCCGGCAGCUGGAGGCGCUAGAGCAGCAGCGCGAGUGUCUGGUCGCCGAGGUUACCGCCGAGCGCUCCGCCCUGGGCACGCUGAUCCGCGAGCGCGCCGAGCACCAGGCCCGGGAGAAGACGGCGGCAGCGGCCGCGGGCACGGUCACUGGUACGGCGGGCACCACAGCCACAUCGCUGGGCACCGCGACGUCGACGUCAGCGGCCGACGCGUCCGCAGCUCAGGAGGAGCAGCAGCAGCGGGUGCAGCAGGCAGAGCAGCGGCUCCUGGCCAAGGAGCGGCAGCUGGCGUGCCUGGCGGGGAGUCAGCUCCCGGCCCUGCUGGAGGAGAGGCAGAGGGCCAAGGAGGUGCUGGAGAGGGUGCAGCGCGAUGGAGGAAGUGGUGGAGGAGACGAACUCGGCCCUCUGGGGGAGGAGAGCUCGUCGGAGCAGGUGGAGAAAGACCUGACAACACCCUCUAGAAAGAACCUGGACAACACCCUCUACCAGGUGGAGAAGGAGCUGGAAGAGAACGAGGAGCGGCUGUCCCUGCACAGCGCCAGUGCGGAGCACCUGCAGCAGCUUCUUGUGAGACCCUCUGAGGUUCUUGGCGUGCAGUGGAGACAGGAGGGAACCAGGAGCAGGGCUGAGAUCCUGGAGUCAGCCUUGGCGGCAUAGCAGCGGGAGGCGCUGGAGGAGGCCGUGGCGCGCCUGGAGAGGAGGCACUCGGCCCUGCGCCGCUCCUCCUCGCUCGAGUCCUCCGCCGCCAACGAGGAGGAGAGGAGGACGAGCAGCAGGAGGCGCAGCAGAAGGAGACGCAGGAGAGGGGGACAGAGACCGACCGGCAGCGUCUCAGUGAGAGUGAGGAUGGUGGGGGGCGUGGCCUGUGUCACAGCGGAGACGACAAGAGCAGCCGAAGCAGCUCCCCUGCAUCCCCCAUCCAGGGACCACUGGGGGUGCUGCCCCACGGCAGACGACAGGAUAAAUGCCUACAUCGAGGAGGAGGUUCAGAGGAGGCUCAAGAAGCUCAACCUGCUGAAUGGAGACAAUAACCUGGACCUCUCCCUGUCCUCCAGGUCCCUCAAGGAGGAGACAGCAGUUAGUGAUGAUGAGAAGUUGAACAACAAAGUUGAUCCCAGAAGACUAAAGUAUGAGACCCACCUGAGGUCCCAGUUGGCAUCUCUGGCCAUUGGCCUCUUCACUGAUCCAGAUUGGAAGACUGAUAGCCCUGGAAUGAAAGCUAGUCCGAAGCAGUCCGAAGUCUUUGAGAGUACACAAAAACUGAACGGUGUCAGCAAGACGAAGGGUGGGAUGGGGCUGAGUAAGAUGAGUUGUGAUCCAGAGCCUUUUGGGGUUUUGGAGGAAGAGUUGAGGGAAGAGCUUGAGGAAGAGUUAAACAACAGAAAAGCAGUUAAGAUGAAUGGGAGCAGAUCUCCAAAAAUGAGAAACAACAACUGGAAAACUACAAGGAACAGCUCUGGUCCUACAGAUGAGUACAUGGAUCUGUGCAUUUCAGAUGAGAAGAAGUCCUCUCGACUGCUCAACAAGGCCAACAACAUCGAGUGUUAUCUGAGAUCUCUUGGACCUCAAAAUGUUCUCUCCAAAGUUGUCAGACUUUGGUGUGAAAUGGAGGAAACUGUCCAGUUGAAGGACCCAGGAACCCAACUGAAGAACGAAACUGAAGAACCCAGUUGUGCAGAUAGCCUUAAGGACCCCGUGAAGAUAAGCAUCCCUCGCUACGUGCUGCGUGGACAGGGCAAGGAUGAGCACUUUGAGUUCGAAGUAAAGAUAACGGUGCUGGACGAAACGUGGACAGUGUUCAGGCGUUACAGCCGGUUCCGCGAGAUGCACAAAUCCCUUAAGAUGAAAUAUCCAGAGCUGGGCGGUCUGGAGUUCCCUCCCAAAAAGCUCUUUGGGAACCGUGAUGAAAGGAUGGUGUCUGAGAGACGAAACCAUUUAGAGGUAUGUUCUUCAGAUGCAGGCACCUUUUUUCUUCUUCAUAACCUGUGCCUCGAAGAAAUGGGGAAGGUAGAAUAACAAUCUUUGGUGCCAUCAUGUUUUAUUUUUUAACUUAAUUGUUCCUCUCUUAUUAUGAUUGGUCUGUCUUAUUUUCUCCCGAGUACAGCUACCCAAUUUAUUUUCAUAGCGGAGUGUGCAGUGACACCACUUAGCUCUAUACCCAUUUUACUUAUUUCUUUCUCCCUCUCCGAUUUUAUUGCGAUGUCUGAUGAGGUGUCUUGUCUGUUUGGAUCUCUCCUUCUCACAUUCUCUCUGACUAAUUGUUUUCUCUCU